CAAUGCAGAGCUUGGUGCAGGCAAGUGAACACGGAGUAACUCUCAGCAUGUUGCAGACUCUCUCUCCUCUGCCUUGCAUAUUUUCCAGAGCUUCCCCGGGACCUAGCGGUGGCGCUGUCUUUCCGGGUAGAUUUCUGACACUUGCUGACUGGCUGCUCCCGAUGGGAGGCACGUUGAGCUCAGAUUUUUUUUCUCUCUACCCACCCUCUCUCAUGCAAGAAAGCAUCUUUAGGUCUAUCUCUCUUGUACCCAGAAUGCACAGCCGGGUAGCAUUUCAGUAACACAGGUAACAUGGCGUUUGAUACAUUCGGCUGAGAUUCCCAGGGACACAGGAAGGCGCUGGGUGCAGUUUUGCUCCGAGGUUCCUUUUGCUCUGGAAAGCCGAUGUUUUGUGGGAGCUGACUGAACCCCCCCGACCUUCCCUUUCCGACCGCUGUGCAGUGGGGAGGGAGGCUGGUCCGGACGGUCGCACAGGCACUGACUCGCCCCUCGGGAGAAUGGCAGCAUCCGAGCUCUUCACCAAGUUUGCCAGGGUGUGGAUCCCUGAUACAGAGGAUGUCUGGAAAUCCGCGGAGCUUCUGAAAGAUUACAAGCCAGGAGACACAGUGCUUCAUCUGAAAUUCGAGGAUGAGCAGGAAACUCGAUAUAACAUCGAUCCACAAACUAAGGAGCUUCCACCCCUGCGAAACCCUGACAUCCUGGUGGGUGAAAAUGACCUCACAGCACUCAGUUAUCUCCAUGAGCCAGCUGUGCUGCACAACCUUAAAGUACGCUUCAUGGAUUCAAAACUCAUCUAUACUUACUGCGGUAUUGUUUUGGUAGCCAUCAAUCCUUAUGAACAGUUACCUAUCUAUGGAGAAGAUAUCAUCAAUGCCUACAGUGGGCAGAACAUGGGAGACAUGGAUCCUCAUAUCUUUGCUGUGGCUGAGGAGGCAUACAAGCAAAUGGCGAGAGAUGAACGGAAUCAAUCAAUCAUUGUUAGCGGAGAGUCUGGAGCAGGGAAGACUGUCUCAGCUAAAUAUGCCAUGCGAUACUUUGCGACAGUCAGCGGUUCUGCCAGUGAGACUAAUGUAGAAGAGAAGGUCCUGGCUUCAAACCCCAUCAUGGAGUCAAUUGGAAACGCAAAGACGACCAGGAAUGAUAACAGCAGUCGAUUUGGGAAAUACAUUGAAAUUGGAUUUGACAAAAGGUAUCGUAUCAUAGGAGCUAACAUGAGAACCUAUCUGCUGGAAAAGUCAAGAGUUGUGUUUCAGGCUGAGGACGAAAGAAAUUAUCAUAUUCUGUACCAGCUGUGUGCCUCUAAACAUUUACCAGAAUUCAAAGCUCUCAGGCUGAGCAAUGCUGAAAACUUCCACUACACAAAUCUGGGAGGUAAUCCGAUGAUUGAGGGAAUAGAUGAUGCCAAAGAAAUGAUGAAUACCAGGCAGGCUUGCUCUUUACUAGGUAUUAAUGACUCCUACCAAAUGGGAGUCUUCCAUAUUCUUGCAGCAAUUCUUCACUUGGGAAACGUGGCAAUUAAAUCGAACGAGCGUGAUGCUGACAACUGCUUUAUCCCUCCAAACACUGAACACCUGAUCAUCUUCUGUGAGCUUCUGGGCGUGGACUAUGAGCAGAUGUCUCACUGGCUGUGUCACAGAAAGAUUGUCACUGGCUCAGAGACCUAUAUCAAGCCCAUGCCCAAAUUCCAGGCCAUCAAUGCCAGAGAUGCACUGGCAAAACAUAUCUAUGCCAGUCUCUUCAACUGGAUUGUACUCCAUGUCAACCAGGCUCUGCAAGCUUCAGUAAAGCAGCAUUCAUUUAUCGGUGUGCUGGAUAUAUACGGAUUUGAGACUUUUGAAAUAAACAGUUUUGAACAAUUCUGCAUCAACUAUGCUAACGAGAAAUUACAGCAGCAGUUUAACAUGCAUGUCUUCAAGCUAGAGCAGGAAGAGUAUAUGAAGGAGCAGAUUCCAUGGACACUCAUAGAUUUUUAUGACAAUCAGCCUUGUAUCAACCUAAUUGAAGCGAAACUUGGCAUCCUGGACCUAUUAGAUGAAGAGUGUAAGAUGCCCAAAGGAUCUGAUGACACCUGGGCUCAGAAGCUUUAUAACACUCACUUAAACAAGAGUGCGCUGUUUUAUAAACCACGCUUAUCAAACAAGGCCUUCAUCAUCCAGCACUUUGCUGACAAGGUUGAGUACCAAUGCGAGGGCUUCUUAGAAAAGAACAAGGAUACUGUGUAUGAGGAACAGAUCACAGUGCUGAAGGCGAGCAAGUUGAAUCUUCUCGCGGAGCUCUUCCAAGAUGAGAAACCGGCCACCAGCCCUACUGAAGGACGUCCCCCUGUUACCAGGGCAACUGUGAAAUCGGCCAAGCCUCGAUCACUGCAGGCCAGCAAGGAGCACAAGAAAUCAGUGGGACACCAGUUUCGUAACUCCCUUCAUCUGCUGAUGGAAACCCUUAAUGCUACAACACCUCACUACGUACGAUGCAUUAAACCCAAUGAUGACAAACUUGCUUUCACGUUUGAUCCAAAACGAGCUGUCCAACAGCUGCGAGCUUGUGGUGUACUCGAAACCAUUCGGAUAAGUGCUGCUGGUUUCCCAUCAAGAUGGACAUAUCAAGAAUUCUUUAACCGCUAUCGUGUCCUGAUGAAGCAGAAAGAUGUCCUCAGUGACAAAAAGCUGACAUGCAAAAAUGUCCUGGAGAAAUUAAUCAAGGAUGAGGACAAGUACCAGUUUGGUAAAACAAAGAUUUUCUUCCGUGCUGGGCAAGUGGCCUACCUGGAGAAGCUGCGAGCAGACAAACUCCGAGCUGCUUGCAUCAGAAUCCAGAAGACCAUUCGGAGCUGGCUGCAACGGAAGAAGUAUCUCCGCAUGCGCAACGCCGCGAUUACGAUUCAGCGAUAUGUGCGGGGCUACCAAGCCAGAUGCUAUGCUCAGUUCCUCCGCAGGACCAGAGCAGCAAUCAUCAUCCAGAAAUACCAGCGAAUGUAUGCAGCUCGUCAAAAGUUCCUGCGGAUCCUGUCAGCGACCAUUGUUAUCCAGUCAUUUGUGCGAGGCUUUCAUGGAAGGCGACAAUACAAGGCGAUCCUCCGGGAACAGAAAGCUACCAUCCUUCAGAAGUACGUACGUGGCUGGAUGGCGAAACUCAAAUACAGGAGGAUCCAGCACGCCAUCAUCUACCUGCAGUGUUGCUACCGCCGCAUGAUGGCAAAGCGGGAGCUUAAGAAACUGAAGAUUGAAGCCAGAUCAGUCGAGCACUACAAGACCCUCAACAUUGGCAUGGAGAACAAGAUUGUGCAGCUACAAUGCAAAGUCAACAACCAGACAAAGGAGAUGAAAUCGCUGCUGGAGAAGUUGAGCAAUUUGGAGGUCAUUUAUACCAACGAUACGGAGAAGUUGCGGACAGAGGUCGAUCGGCUGCGUGUAAACGAAGAAAAUGCCAAAGUGUCCUCGAACAAGAUCACCAGCCUGUUGGAGGAGAUCGCAAUUCUACGGAAGGAACUCAAGGAAACGCAGGCUCAGAAAAAACACCUUGAGGAAGGAGCAGUGAAAUAUAAAGAGGAAACAGAACUGAUGGUGUCUCAGCUUAAGGAGCAGAACACUUUACUGAAGAAUGAGAAAGAGGAUCUGAAUCUUCAAAUUCAGGAACAGGCCAAAGAGAUAACAGAGUCGAUGGAGAAGAGAAUGGAGGAAGAGACCAAACAGCUUCAGAUUGACCUCAACGAUGAGAGGUCCAGGUACCAGUCUCUUCUUAAUGAGUUCUGCCGAUUAGAGGAACGUUACGACAACUUGAAAGAAGAAAUAUCUUUGGUUAAUGUGUUGAAGCCUGGUCACCGAAGGACAGAUUCCACGCACAGUAGUAAUGAGUCGGAGUACACCUACAACUCCCUGCUAUCCUCUGAGCCAGGGGAAGCUGAGGAUGGGACGCGAAGACCAGAGGAGUUUCCAGAACAGAGAGGUGCUCUGGAUAUGUCCCUGUUCCUGAAACUUCAGAAGCGUGUGACUGAGUUGGAACAGGAGAAGCAAGCCUUACAGGAAGAACUCGAUCGGAAAGAGGAACAAGCAUUACGAAGCAAGGCGAAGGAAGCGGAAGAUCAGCAAGUUAAAGCCAGGGGAGCUGAGCUGGAGUAUGAAUCCCUCAAGAGGCAAGAACUGGAGUCUGAGAAUAAGAAGCUAAAGAAUGAACUCAAUGAACUGCACAGAGCCCUGAACGAGAAGGCUUCCCCACAUGUUACAGCCCCUGGUUCUCCUGCUUACAAAGUUCUACUUGACCAGUUGACUGCAUCAAGUGAAGAGCUGGAGGUUCGUAAAGAGGAAGUUCUCAUUCUGCGGUCCCAGUUGGUCAGUCAAAAGGAAGCAAUGGCACAUAAGGAGACGAUGACAGACCCGAUGGUCCUCUUGGAGGAUGUACGUAAGAUGAAGGAUCAAGGUGAAAUAACCCAAGCAUACUUGGGACUUAAAGAAACCAACAGACCAACACAGGAUUGCCAUUUGCUGAAUGAGGAUGGAGAGCUCUGGAUGGCCUACCAAGGGUUAAAACAAACCAACAGAUUGCUGGAAUCUCAGCUUCAGGGUCAGAAAAAGAACUAUGAGAAUGAGCUGGAGAUCUUACGUGGGGAGGUACAGAAUUUGAAAGAGGAGAUCAAUCGUCAGCAGCAGUUAUUGGCCCAGAAUUUGCAACUGCCCCCAGAGGCGCGCAUUGAGGCCAGUCUGCAACAUGAGAUAACUAGGUUAACCAACGAAAAUCUUUAUUAUGAGGAGUUAUAUGCAGAUGACCCCAUGAAGUAUCAGUUCUACAGGAUUUCGCUUUACAAACGGAUCAUUGAUCUUAUGGAACAACUUGAAAAACAGGACAAGAUUGUCCGGAAGUUGAAAAAGCAGCUCAAAGUAUUUGCAAAGAAAAUUGGAGAACUGGAAGUGGGUCAGACAGAGAACGUAUCUCCAGCUCAGUUAGCAGAUGAACCCAUCCGGCCUGUGAAUAUUCCAAGGAAAGAAAAGGAUUUCCAGGGAAUGUUGGAGUACAAGAAGGAUGAUGAGCUUAAGCUUAUCAAGAAUCUUAUCUUAGAGCUAAAGCCUCGUGGUGUGGCUGUUAACCUGAUCCCUGGAUUGCCAGCGUACAUCCUGUUUAUGUGUGUACGUCAUGCUGAUUAUAUUAAUGAUGACCAGAGAGUCCGGUCCCUACUGACAUCAACUAUUAAUGGCAUCAAGAAAAUCUUGAAGAAAAGAAGCGAUGACUUUGAAAUUGUGUCAUUCUGGUUGUCCAACACUUGUCGUUUUUUGCAUUGUCUUAAGCAGUACAGUGGGGAAGAGGCAUUUAUGAAGCACAACACUCCUCGACAGAAUGAUCAUUGCUUGAGAAACUUUGACCUUGCUGAGUACAGGCAGGUCAUAAGUGACCUGGCCAUUCAAAUAUACCAACAGCUGACCAAGGUCAUGGAAAAUAUCUUGCAGCCAAUGAUCGUUUCAGGUAUGUUGGAACAUGAAACUAUUCAGGGAGUAUCUGGCCUAAAGCCCACGGGUCUACGGAAGAGGACUUCCAGUGUUGCAGAUGAAGGUACCUACACUCUAGAUUCCAUUGUCCGACAACUGAAUAAUUUCCAUUCCACAAUGUGUCAGCAUGGCAUGGAUCCAGAGCUCAUCAAACAGAUCGUCAGGCAGAUGUUCUACAUCAUCGGUUCAGUCACCCUCAACAACUUGCUUCUUCGCAAGGACAUGUGUUCAUGGAGCAAAGGAAUGCAGAUCAGGUACAAUGUCAGCCAACUCGAAGAGUGGCUGCGGGACAAGAACCUGCAGAAUAGUGGGGCGAAAGAAACUCUUGAGCCUUUAAUUCAGGCUGCACAGCUCCUGCAGGUGAAAAAGAAGACUGAUGAGGAUGCAGAGGCCAUUUGCUCCAUGUGCAGUAAUCUUACCACUGCUCAGAUCGUGAAAGUCCUAAAUCUGUACACUCCUGUUAAUGAGUUUGAAGAACGUGUCACUGCCUCAUUCAUACGCACUAUUCAGGUUCGUUUACAAAAUCGAAAAGACUCACCUCAGCUGCUAAUGGAUGCAAAGUUCAUAUUUCCAGUUACAUUCCCAUUCAACCCAUCUUCUUUAGCACUGGAGAGCAUUCAGAUUCCAAGCAGCAUGAACCUUGGAUUCCUGUUGCGUGUCUGAGGAACACUGAAGAUAUCAAUUCUACAUUGGUCCGAGAAUUGUCAUCCCCAUUCACUACACACAGCUAGAGAGAUGUUAAAAUAUUUGCAUUAUAAAGGAAUGUGUGCUGAAAGUGCAGAAUGCCAAACACUUUCAUGCAGCACCUGAUGAUGACUGCUAUGCUGCAGUUUUGAUGAAUAUACUUUGAGUUUAACAACUGUAAAUUAAGGUUGUGUCAUACUUUUAAUUAUUAGGAGUUUGAAGUAAGGGGAAGUACAACUGCCAUAUAUAGCACCAUUUGUCCAAUAGCUAUUAUUUAAGUCAAUAUAUGAUGUAGAAUGAUGUAGAAUACAAAGGUCUGUUAGAAUAUAAUCUAGAGAUUACGUUGUAAGUUUUGGUGUUUUGCUUAGCACAUUAUUAUAGUUACCAUGUUCAGUGUCCUCCGACAAUGCUGAACUAAACAUUUAGCACUGCACCGUAUAGUGUUGAGUUGUAAUUCACUAAAAAAUAUUUCAUGUCAACUUUACACCUUUUUCAAAGUCGUUUUAAACUUAAUUUAUGCAAGUAAUAAUCACUAUUUUAAGUUCCAAAUUUCACUUAAAGCACAAAAGCACACAGAAGGGCAAAAUAUUAAAUUCUCAGAUAAAUCAUAAAGGCAUUUGGCAACAGGAAAACAAAUUAUAGGUAGAACAAUAGAUUUUUUUUUCAGUACAUGAAUUCAUGGCUUCUUUCCCUUUUAAAUGCGCCUUAAUGGAAUUUCUUCCAACUCUGCAAUACAGGAAUUGCUCAAUUAUUUCAUUAGUUUGUAAUUGUGAAUGUUAUGUUUAAAGGGGACAACCACAGAAGUUGAAUUAAAAGUUUGUUUUCCCCAGUAUUUGCAAUACAGUGUUUAGUGACCUCAGGGGUCAGACAUCAUGCAGGCUGCUGUGACUAUGAUGCAGGCAUCACCCUGAGAGGGCAGUCUCGAUCUCAACCGUGCCACACCCACCCACCACCACCACCACAAACACGUCCGCCACCCAGCUUCCAAAUUCCCAAUGAUGCAGGUCUAUUGUGGAUUCAGUUCUGAAAACUUUUAGCCUGGAUAUGCCCAAUUUAAGGAAAAUUGGUGCUGUGACUGGAAAUUGAAUAAAUAUAGAGCUAAUAAUAACUUAUUGCACCCUUCAUUGUUUACACGUUUGAAGUUUUUAAAUGUAUUGAUCGAGCAUCCAAGUUCAGAAACCUGAUUUCCGAGCAGUGGUUUACAUAUCUGUCUGAUGUUAUAUGUGUCCCUAUUUAUAAUGCUACUGGAUAUCUGAUAUUUAAUUGAAAGCAGAAAGCAAAAGUCUUUCUAGAUAGAAUGGACUAAAGGUCAAUACACUACUCUGUAGGCUUAUGGAGUAGUUUAGAAAUUCCACAAUUAUCUCUCAAAUCAAUGUUGGUCAAUAUUUUGGUAGAAAUAUUUCUGAAUCCGUGAUGCAUCAUUGUCUAUUUUCUGUUUUUGCAUUUUUGUACAUUUCAAUCUAUUAAUGUCUUAAAAUAUAAAAUCCCCAGAUUUCUCUUUCACAACUAUUUGCUUAAUUCAACCUAUUACAGAAUCACCACAUGGAUUGGUGAUCCUAAAAAUAAUAAUAACCUUUGGUUAUACAUAAACAUGUGUUUGUGAAGGGGACAAGUUCUGGAGACAGAAAAAAACAUCCUUAAAGAAAGAUUGCCUGGGAAAUCAAUUUGAUGUAGAAUAGUAAUUGUCACUCACAAAACUCUACCUAUUCUACAACAGUAUUUUUUCUUUGUUUUCAAAAUAAUAUUAAAGCCAGGGUACAAAGUAAAAGUUGCAUUAUGAAUCUCAGCGCAUGUAGAACAAUGUAAAAAUUGCAUUGCUCCUUAAUGGUGUUGAGAAAAUAUGAAGGCAAUCUUCCUUUGAAAUAUUGGUUGUGCACUUUAGUUAAAUCCUAUGCGUAUAUAUAGUUUUCUGUUUCCUGCUUAUAUUGUAUUUUACUUUUUUGUAUCAUAAACUGUUAUGAAACGUAAGUACAUUACUAGUGGUUAGUGCUAAGGAACUGGAGAUAUUUAAAAUAUCAACAAUAGGUGGGGGAAACCAAUUGCUGUUAUAUUACCUAGAUCACUAAUGUUGACCAUGGAUGAUUACUUCUGUACUUAACCAGCUAGCAAACAAUGAGUAUGAUAUUGAUGUACAGAAAAGUUAUGACAACCCUGUAGCAUUUCCUGUUUGUUGCAAUUAGUAAAUGUGUGCAUCAUGGCAAAUGUAUAUUGAACUAGGUACUAAGGUAAUGUCCAACUUGUAAAAACAAAUAAAAAUUUCAACAGUA